AUGUCCGUGUUGACAGACGCGGGAUCUGGCUCGCUCGGCACCCAGCUUGUGGAGAGCCCUGAAAACUCUGCAAGCACAUUACAAGGGCCUACAUCCAUCACUGCCGCACUGUCUCCCCGCGCGCCGGGCAAUACCGAGUCACUCACGCUCGAACUGGCGCAGCGCGGCGUAAUGCACAUCCGCGACUUUGCGUUUGACGACGGUGACGAGCGCCGCGACGGACGCGGGUCCGUUCUCCCCUCCUUGAAAGCAGCGUCUGACGCGCCGCCUCUAUUUAUUGCGAUGUACGACUUUCGUGCCGAGUCCAGCAACGAGCUGAGCGUCGCGAGCGGCACGCAGCUGCACGUCCUCCGUGACAUUGACGGGGGCUGGGUCCUUGCCCAGCGCCUGGACGAGCCCACAAAACGGGGUCUGGUUCCCGGGGCCUACUUGCAAAAACUGUAG